AUGGAUGAGUUUAGUCAUGAAGGUGAUUCUCAGAUGGUAUCUUCGCAACUUGCUGCACAUCGGAAUGCCAUUAUUGCUCUAUUAUCAGCUCAGAUUUUUGGAUCUUUGGUGAUGACGGGUUUAACGAUCAGUAGUGUUUCACCGGUGUUAAUUGCAUCUGUACUGUCGUUAAUUUAUACAUGGAAACAGUUUCGAACAACUUCUGAAUAUCUCUUACUGAAAACCAGACGAAAUUGGUUGUCGUCUAAGUCACGUGUACGUUUAUUUUAUUAG